GUAAUAAAAAAUUAGACAAUGAAAAGAUGGAUGUCAAUGAAUUAGUAAAUGAAGUAUCUGGUCACGAAAAAAAAUCAGAUGAUUCUAAAAAUAAUGAAAAUGGCGAUGUACAAAUAUUAGAAGAAUCAGAAAGUUCUAAAAAAGAUGACUCUAAAUCUAUAAAUUUGUCUGAAUCAACAGAUUUAAAAAAAAGCGAUAGCAUUACCGAUCUCACUGUUGACUCUGAUGAAAAGAAAACUGAUGUUGUUAAACCAAAGAUUCAAAGUCCUAAUUACUUUGAAAAUCCAUUAGGCAAGUUUUUUAUGCAAAUAGGUGUAAACCUUGUUCAAGAGCAUGUUCAACUCGACUUAUUACGCACUCAAAGAAGAAAAAGAGAUCGCGAAGGUGAUAAAUGUCCUGAAGAAGUUCAUAUGGCUAUUAGUUCUUUAAUUAAAACUUUAGAGUUUAGUAAAGAAAAUAAUGAUCCAUUCCAAUUUGGCUUAAAAAAAUGUGAACUCUGUAAUUUUAAAUCUGAGUCAAGUUUAGUAAUGGCUCAUCAUUUAGAGACUCCACAUAUGACUGCCAAUUAUUGCUAUAGAUGUAAUUUUUGUACUUUCCAAGUACGCAGUCCUCAUGAAAUAUUACAACACAUGGAUACACAUAAUAUUAGAGGGCGUUUAGAAAGAGGUCCAGCUUUGCAUCAAUGUCCAAGUUGUCCAUUUGAAGAUAGUUAUAAGGGUAAAUUAACCAGGCAUUUGAUUUCUUGUACGAAAAAAUAUCGACCAGAAAUUAAUCAGGCACCUCCAUUAGAUUGGGAACCUCCAGCAAAAAUACCAAGGGUGUUACGAAAUAAACCUUCAAUGAGUCCUGGUAAUGCUGUUUACCAAGCAGCUAUGUCUGGAUUUAAACAAUUCCCAAAUCCUAAUAUGUUACAAUUACAACAACAACAAUAUAAUAAAAUGGUUCUUGCAUCUGGCGUUAGAGCUCGUGGUCGUACUGUUUUACCAGGACAGCGAUUUCCAGGAAUGGUGCCUUCUUUUCCAACAACACUGCCAAACCAAACUUCUGGAGGAAUUUUACUUAAGAAUACGAGUAUUAAACCAAUCAAUCAACCAAUUAUUGUCCCUACACCUUAUUCGAUGAACAAUCACACAUAUCAGCAAAAUUCAAAUAGUAGUAAAUCUGUUCAACAGCCAAGUAUAUCUAUAACACCUCUGCCUCGAUCAUUUCCAUCAAAUAGCACACAGUCAGCUUUUGUGUCUACCAUGUCUAAAUCUAAACCCCAACAAACUCAGUCGUCAUCCACUUCAACUAAUAGUAGCAACAAACCAACAUUUGUAAUAUGUGAAAUAUGUGAUGGCUACAUAAAAGAUUUAGAACAAUUGCGUAACCAUAUGCAGUGGAUACAUAAGGUUAAAAUUCAUCCAAAAAUGAUUUAUAAUCGACCACCGCUCAACUGUCAAAAGUGUCAGUUUAGAUUUUUUACUGAUCAAGGUCUUGAAAGACAUUUACUAGGAUCACAUGGUUUGGUCACAUCUAGUAUGCAAGAAGCUGCUAACAAAGGCAAAGAUGGUGGAAGAUGUCCAGUAUGUGGUAGAGUUUAUCAAUGGAAGUUAUUAAACCAUGUAAGCCGUGACCACUCUAUAUCAUUAAAGCCAGCACAUUUAUCUUACAAAUGUACUGUUUGCACUGCAACAUUUGGCAUGUAUAAACAGUUUGAAAAUCAUGUAUAUUCGGCACACAGUAAUGUAGCUAAAAACUCGAACAAGAAACCUCUUGGUAAUCAACCUGUAGCUUCUUCAUCGACUUCUAUUACAUCUACACCAAAGCCAUUAAAAAUAAAUGAUGAAAUUACCAUAAUACCACAACCACCUAAGAUUCAAAAUUUGUCUGUUAAAAGUAGUAAUAGUAAUAAACCAGUUACAUCAACUGCAAAACAAAGUUCAACUCCAACAGCAAAAGCCAAGGUGUAAAUGAAAAAUAAUAUGAAGAUGUUUGAUUUUUAGUUUUGAAGAACAUGGAAGAUAUCAAAGAUUGUUAGCUUAUCCAGUUAACUCGAGUUAUUUUUAAUUUUGUUAACAUAUUAUCAGGUCAAAAAAAUGUCAGGUAACUUAAUUAAUUAUAUUCGAAUUUAAUAAUUCGCCAAUUAUAAUUUUUAUAAAUAUAAUGAAUAUUAUUAUUGUUGAUUUCAAAAUUGUAUUUUGUUUUUGACUACGACAAACAGUGUGUAGACCUAUAUUUAAUUAUAUUUUACUGAAAUGUAAUCUAUGAAUAUACAAUUUGUUAUAAAUAUUA